AUGAAACCAAAUCGCAUUCUAUUCAUUGAUUCGUAUGAUUCCUUCACAUACAAUGUCGUAAGACUCAUCGAAGAGCAAUCAACUAUUGACAGACCCGUGGAAGUCACCACUAUCCAUAAUGAUACAUUUUCUGAUAUUGAGGAACUGAUUAAAUAUCUACCACUUUUUGAAGGGAUUGUAGUGGGACCAGGACCAGGGAAUCCCGUUCAUGGUUCUAAAGAUAUUGGUAUAAUUGAAAGUUUAUUUAAAGAUCCAAGGUUAAGUAAUUUUCCUGUUCUAGGUAUCUGUUUAGGGUUUCAAGCUAUGUGUUAUUCGCAAGGUGCAUCAGUUGAAGAGUUAAGUAUAAUUAAACAUGGUCAAGUAUAUCCUAUAAAUUUAAAUACUAAAAAUAUUGAUCCGAUAUUUAAAGAUUAUCCAGAAAGUUUUAAAUCUACUAGAUAUCAUUCCUUACACGUCACAAAUUUUAAGGAUAAAAAAUCAAUAAUACCAUUAGCUUACACUGAGGAUGAAAAUGGCAUUUUACUAAUGGCUGCUAAGAUUAAUUCAAAUCCUUGGUAUGGUGUUCAAUAUCAUCCUGAGUCUUGCUGUUCUGAAUUUGGCGCAAAAUUAAUUCAAAAUUUUUUAAAUGUUAUUUAUUCAACAACAAAGGGUGACCGUGACACAUUGGAACUAGGUAAAGAAGAUUUAAAUAGAUUAUUUGAUUUAAAGAAAACUAUUAAUAUUUCUCCCAUUUAUGACCCAUCAACUAAAAAGGCCAGUGAUACGUUCGUCAUUGAAAGUUUUGAUGUAUCAAAUGAUCCUCAACUAACGUUUAAGAUAUGUGACAAGAUAAAGGAAGAUAAAUUUAUUAUGGCAUCUUCAGCAGUCAGUGCAGAUCGAGGCGAGUGGUCUAUAAUUGCUAUUCCAUCUAAGGAUUCUACUGUUUUAACCCAUUAUGGUUCUAUUGAAAAGACUACGAUCCAUAAGUGGCAAGAUGAUAAUUUGCAAUUAAAACAAGUUCUUAUUGCUCUGAAAACUGAAAAUCCAGUUCAUUAUGAGAAUUUAGAGGUAGUGAACGAAAACAAAGAAUCCUUUUGGAAUAACCUUGGUGAAUUUAUGAAGGAAAAAAUUGUAAAGAAACGUGAAGAACUUCCAUUUAUAGGAGGUCUUGUUGGUAUAUUGGGUUAUGAGAUGGGUUCUUAUGUCAAUUUCAAUUCCCCAACAACGUUUGACACAUUACCAAAGCCUGAUGCUAAACUUGUAUAUAUUGAAAACAGCAUCUUGAUUAAUCAUAAGACAGGUAAAUUGUAUGUGUGUUCAUUGUGUGAUAAGCUUCCCAAAAAUGUAAUGGAGGCAGUUUAUGAUAUAAUCCAUGAAGAAGAUGAUAUACAAUUGAAUUGGGAAGAUAUUUUACCAAAUAAUAUUAGUUAUGAUAUCGUUAUGCCAAAUAAAAAGGAUUAUGCAGAGGCAUUUGAUAAAUGUCAAGAAUUUAUGCAUAAAGGUGAUUCAUAUGAAAUCUGUUUAACUACACAGACCAUGGUGACCCCAUCACAGAGACUCCCCGCAUGGAGAAUCUUUAAGACAUUGGUUACAAGAAAUCCAGCGCCCUUCUCUGGAUUCUUUUAUUUUAAUGAUAUAUUGGAUAAUUCUGAUGAUGUUCUUUCUUUUAUCAGUACUUCACCGGAAAGAUUUCUUAAGUGGGAUAGUCAAACAUGUGAAUUAAGACCCAUUAAAGGUACUGUAAAGAAAUCUGGGGAAAUGACAGUUGAAAAAGCUACUGAGAUUUUGAAAACACCAAAAGAGUUUGGUGAGAACUUAAUGAUUUUAGAUUUAAUACGAAAUGAUCUAUAUGAACUAUUACCAGAUGUUAAGGUAGAAGAGUUCAUGUCUGUGGAAGAAUACAAGACAGUAUACCAACUAGUUAGUGUGGUAAAGGCUUAUAAUCUGAAUAAAUCCAUGUAUACAGGCAUAGAUGUUCUAAAGUAUUCUUUACCGCCUGGGUCGAUGACUGGGGCUCCUAAGAAAAUCACAGUAGAACUGCUACAAGAUGACAUUGAAAAGACCCUAAAUAAACAUAUCAAUAAUGGUUCUAGAGGUAUUUAUAGUGGUGUCACAGGUUAUUGGUCUGCUAACGGCAAUGGGGACUGGUCAGUUAAUAUCAGAUGUAUGUAUUCAUAUGAUAAUGGAGACCAUUGGAAACUUGGCGCAGGUGGUGCCAUCACGGUACUAAGCACGCAAGAAGGUGAACUCGAUGAGAUGUACACAAAGCUCGAGAGUGCUCUACAAGUAUUCAUGUAA